CCUUGAGAAAUUAACUUUUUGCGAACCAACUGGCUGGAAGGUUUAAAGGCUUCAUAGAGCUUCAUCUCACCAUCACUACACUUUACCUCUUUGGUGUGCAAGGUGACCUUGAGCUGUAGUUUUAAUGAAGUUGGUUGUCUUUGAUCCCUUGUGAUGUCAUAAUGCCCAAUGUCAUGUGACUCAUUCAAUGGGUAUUCAAAUGGAGUUUUCCUCUGGCAUUAUGUUUGAGGUGUGCUCUAACCUCAAAGAGAAGUGAAGGAGAAGAGGGAAAUUAGGGACAAUGAGCGAUUUGCACCAAGCUGCAGCGGCAGGGAAUUAUGAAAAAGUCAAGGAGAUUCUGAGGCACAAAAAAUGCAGUCCUAAUGAGAGGGACAUUGAAUGGAGGAACAAGACGCCUCUUCACUGGGCUACAGGUAACGGACAAACAGAAAUGGUCAGGGUCCUCAUUGAUAAUGGAGCCCGGACAUGUCUGAGGACAGAGCAUGGAUGGACUCCCGCUCACUAUGCUGCAGAGAGUGGCCAUCUGGCAGUACUGCAGCUGCUACACUCCUUCCAUGCUCCUAUGGACAAGAGAGAUGAAUGUGGAGACAGACCAGUGCGGGUAGCUGAAAUAUAUGGACACAGUGACUGUGUUGAAUUCCUUCAGAAAGCAGAGCUCGAGUGCCAGGCCUACCGCAGGAUGUCAGCUGAACAGGGGAUUGCAAUGGAUGACUCAGAUGAGGAGUGGUCAGACAAUGGAAAAUAAAUAGUCCUCACAGAAUAUGUAUUAUACCAGGACGAAAGAAAAAAUCAUCCAUUUAAUCGCAGAAUUCGCUGCGAUCAUUUGCUAUUAAUCACAGCUUUUCAUCUUGUGAGGCUUGUCAGGAUUGAUGUUUAAGUGUAAAAUCCCUGAAUCUAUUGAGUGCAAUAGCAUACAUUAUUUCCUCUGAACUACAGAUGCAACGUAUAUGCACUUACUAAAUGCAGUUACUGCAAAAAAAAACUAAACACCAAAAAGCUGAGCCAUCACAACCUUUAAAAGUAUAUAGAGGCAAACAAUUUGUGUGUACUCAUGUAUCACUUCUGAAUUUAUACUGUAGAUACAAUUAUAUAGAAAUAUAAUAAUAAUCUGCAUAUUCUUGGCUCAGUGGAUGGGAUGGUUUGCUGGUGACACCUGAUAGCACUGCAAGUGCACAAAGCAUCUCUGGUCAGCUGAGAUGUCGAAUAAUUCAUUACUUUCUACAUUUUAAAUGAUAAUCCGUUUUUUUAGGUCUGGUUCAGUCAUGCUGUCUGGGCUUUUUUAUAUUUGUAUCAGUACAGUUUUACAAUUUGCGCUGCAUGUAUUUAUUGGCUCAGUUUGUUAAGUUUAGAGGUGGAGCUGUUCAUGAUUCUGUGUGUUGCAGGAACCUG